CUUCAGUUUAUCGGUUCAGCCGCACCAAAGCCGAUGGAUCGAUCGAUGCCGAAUACCGAUCCAAAUUCCGAUUUCUCGGUGUUGCGACUCGGAACGCGAUAGGUUUCUAUAGGGUGAGCUUUUCCCGCCAUCAGAGAGAACAAAAUUUGGGUGAAAAGUGGUCGCUGAGUCCAAUCUAGUUAUCUUCUUCUUUCUUCUUCCAUUUCGGAGACAGUGAGAUCCUCAGUCCUCAAAAUCUCUCUGCUCGUCUUCUAAGAUCGAUCUGAAGAAGGAUUUUUCUCAUAAUCCUCAACUCUCCUAUGUGUUUCCUUUCCCGUUUGAUAUCUUCUGGUCUACUGUUUGUCAGUCUCUGUGCUCUUUUUUCUGUUUUGUCUUCCCCGAUAAUUCAAAAUCCUAUUCAAGAAUCAAAUCCGUGAGCAAUUGAGCAUGGGAGAUGUGAAGAGCUGGAUUGUAACCUAUACGAAGCAUAUCAAGCAGAAGAGGAAAGUGUAUCAAGACGGUGUUUUAGAGAUUCACGGCUCCACCAACAAGGUUAUGCUUUUUGAUGAUAGUGGGAAACUCCUAGAAUGUAGACUGAUGAAGGAGGAAGUUAUUGGAUCUGGUGAAACACUGGCAUUUGAUUCCUAUCUUGUUGACAUUGGUGAUCCCAAAGGAAGCCAUGAGCAUUUUACAAACUUAAAUACUCAAGAAAGGAAACCAAAUGGAACCAAUAGGAUAUUCCAUGGACAGAAGGCCAGAAACAUUCUUACCUUUUCUGAAAAGAGGACUGAUGUUGGAAAUACUGGAGCCGCACAAGAUUGUCCGAAUGUGACAAAAAACAUUACCAGAGAGUACAAAAAGAGCGAAUUGGAGUUUAACGCACCAAAAAGUCAUCAAAACACCACAAAGACCACUGUGACAGAAUGGCAUGCCCUGUACACUACACAGACAACAAAAAAAGCUAAGAAGUAUCAUGAUGGAUUCCUGCGGCUUUCUAUUUGUGGUUCCCAAGGGAGGCAGGUUAUGCUAUAUGAUGAAAGCAGGAAACUCUUAGAUACUAGGUUCUUGAAGAAGGAUGAAGUGAUAGGACCUGGUGAAACACUAGCAUUUGAUGCCCAUCUGGUGGACGUUGGAGAUCCAGAAGGAAAUCAUAGUCCUCUAAAGGAUCUCAAUUUUAAAGGAGAAGAUACCAAAGUGAUUGAAAAGACCAGAACAGCACAUGAACAAAAGGCUAGAUAUUGUUCUUCUGUUGAGAAUGGGAACAAGGAACUGAAGAACUCGGGAUCACUACAAAGUCAUGCUAAUCCUGCACAAACCUCCGUGAAAGAGUGGAAUGCCUUGUACACCACACAAAUAACUCAAAAAGCCAAGAAAUUCCAUGAUGGAAUCCUUCAGCUUACUUUUUGCAAUCCCCGUGGGAAGCAGGUUAUUUUGCUGGAUGAGGAUGGAACAAAGCUGAGUAAUAAGUACAUUAAAUUCUCAGAAGAUGUGAUAACUGGAAGUGUUCUUGAAGUAACAAAUUACCUGGUUGAGAUUGGUGAACCACGGCAACUUCAGGGAGGAAAAUCCCAAGAGAAUGCUUCUUCAAGGGAAGGCAUAAGUUCGAAUUCCAGCAACUACAUUGCUAAUAAUCUUGGAGUCUCUAGAAGCACACGAUUACCUGAUGGAAAAUCCCAAAAGAAUGCUUCUUCAGGGGAAGGCGUAUGUUCGAAUUCCAGCAACUACAUUGCUAAUAAUCUUGGGGUCUCUAGCAGCACACGAUUACAUGAUGGAAAAUCCCAAAAGAAUGCUUCUUCAGGGGAAGGUGUACGUUCAAAUUCUAGCACCUACAUUGAUGAUAACCUUGGGUCCUCUAGAAGUACACAAUUACGUGAUGCCAAGCAGAUCAUGUCCAUUCUCAAGAAGCCAAUGGCUCAGGAGAGUUUAGUGCAUGCCAGAAAUGUACCAGUGGAGCAGUCUCAUUCUUCACAUCCUUCAUACUUGGUUCAAUCUGGCGCUCAGGAUCAACCACCAGCUGGAUGUUCCCAUGGGUCAAAGUUUUUUGAGAGAAAUGAAUCUGAUGAUCAUGAAUAUGAUCCUAAAAAUUUGAAUGGAGCAAGAACUGCUUCCUUUAAUACCUGCAGAAGUGGUAGCUUAGAAUCCAAAGAGGCUCAGGAUGAUCUUGUGGUUGACAUCACCAAUUUGAUGGAUCAUAACCACAGGAUAUCCACCUUUGAUUGCUCCCUCAGAGCAGCAGCACCCAACAUUUCACCCAAGCCUGAUUUGGGGUACACUGAUAAGAGAACGGUCAAAACAGCUCAAUCCAUUGCAGAGCCUCAAGCUUCAGAUGUUAUUGUACUGAAUUUGCCUGAAGAUACCCUACCAUCAGAAUUCAGUGGCCCUAGAAGUCAAGUCCCCAAGGAUAUCAAUGUUACGUCGAACCAGCAUCUGGACAGCAUCAGGAUUGGCACCCAAUGGGGCAAGAAAACUUCUUUGAUGGGCUUGUCCAAUAGCUUGACUGGUUCAGCUUCAUUCUUCUCAACUGAUGAUGAAAGAGAGAGUUCCGAGGUCCAGAACAUACCCAAGCAAAUUGUGGACAUUGGUGAGCUCCCAAGUUUUGAUCUUGGAAUAUAAAAAUGGCCUUGAUAUGCAUACAUAUAGAAUGGAGUCAUCAUGAUAACCAAAUGUCAUUAAUGUCUAUGGGAUUAUAUCGAUGUUUAUAAAGGCAUGGAUCAGACUUCUUGGCA